AUUUGAGAAUGAGGUUUUCAAAUUUUGGAGGUUGGAGAAGGGAAAAUGGCAAACAUAUUGAAGCAAGUCUUUUUUAACACUAGUUAUUCCAUGUUGUAUGGAAAUGGUUUUAAGUCGCUAUGAUCACCGAAGAAGACAACUUGAAAGGACACGAACACAGAACAUUUAAAUUACAAGAACCGAUGCAUGUACAUUCAUCAACCAUGGUGUCUUCUUCAAUCAAUUGCAAGAUCUUACCAGCCAUGAUUCUUGUUUUCUUUCUUCAUACUAGUUCCUCUGUUUCUACAGUUUUUUAUUCGAAACCUGAUUUUCAACAGUCCAACCAAACAUUUAGACUGAUGAAAGAGUUGCACAAGUUGAAAAUGAUAAGAGCUCAUCUUAUUAAGAUCAAUAAGCCUUCUGUCAAGACAAUACAGAGUCCAGAUGGUGAUUAUAUAGAUUGUGUUCCAUCGCAUUUGCAACCAGCUUUUGAUCACCCUCAUUUGAAAGGGCAACAACCAUUGGAUCCACCAGAAAGACCAAAAGGCCGACAUCUAGGAGAGAUGCCAUCGGAGAAUUAUCAGUUAUGGAGUGUUUCUGGAGAAUUUUGUCCAGAAGGAACUGUUCCAAUCAGAAGAACAACUGAACAAGAUGUUUUAAGAGCUAGUUCUGUCAGAAGAUUUGGACGAAAAUUUCAGAGGCCGGUUAGAAGAGAUACUUCCAGCAGUGGCCAUGAGCAUGCAGUUGGGUAUGUUAGUGGACAACAGUAUUACGGAGCAAAGGCAAGCAUAAAUGUGUGGGCACCUCGAGUGGCUAGCCGAUAUGAAUUCAGCUUAUCUCAAAUGUGGGUCAUUUCUGGUUCAUUUGGGAACGAUCUUAACACCAUUGAAGCUGGUUGGCAGGUUAGCCCAGAAUUGUAUGGGGACAAUUAUCCUAGGUUCUUCACCUACUGGACUACAGAUGCAUAUCAGACUACAGGAUGCUACAACUUACUGUGUUCGGGGUUUGUACAAACUAACAAUAGGAUAGCCAUGGGAGCUGCAAUUUCUCCAAGAUCAUCUUACCAUGGUGGCCAAUUUGAUAUUAGCAUUCUAGUAUGGAAGGAUCCGAAGCACGGAAACUGGUGGCUAGAGUUCGGAUCUGGAACACUGGUUGGAUACUGGCCAGCAUUCUUGUUUACUCACCUGAGAACUCAUGCAACCAUGGUACAAUACGGAGGAGAAGUUGUCAACACCAGAAGCUCUGGUUAUCACACUCCAACACAAAUGGGGAGUGGACAUUUUGCUUGGGAAGGCUUCGGUAAAGCUUCUUAUUUCAGAAAUUUACAAGUUGUGGAUUGGGGUAACAACUUGAUUCCGCUACCAAACCUCAGAGUUUUAGCUGAUCAUCCCGAUUGUUAUGAUAUACGAGGUGGGAUUAAUCGUGUUUGGGGUAAUUAUUUUUACUACGGAGGGCCUGGAAGGAAUUCGCGAUGUCCCUGACAAGAUAGUCUUGGAUUAUUUUUCGUCAUAUGAUUUUAGUUUUAUCUUUUUAGGCAGGGAUGGUAAAUUGUUGGUCCUUAUUCAUUUCAUUCAUUCUAACAUAAAUAAGGUCGCAAACAUGCGAAAAGGUCAUACCUGUGAAGAAUAUGAAGUUCGCACUUUUAAUGCUC